GAUUGACCUUCGGCACUGCGAGCUUAGCGCAGUUAUCUGGACGCAAGUACUGCCCCAGUUUUUCUUUUAGUUUCUCUUCGCCUAAGGGCGCCGAAAAACGUUUAUUUACGAUCUCAGCAAGCUUCUCGGUGACGGCACCUGAAGUAUUUUCAUCCUCGUCAAAGUCACUCGCAAUUUGACUGAGCAAAUUCGAGGACUCGACCGUCGAUGUGGUCGUUUCAUCUUUUGGCGCCAUAAUUGCUCGGAGUUCUGCUGAAUCGCUGUGUGAGCAGUGAGGAAUGAUCGCUUUCAUCGCCUGUGUGCUGGUCGUCAUCAAUAGUUGGAUCGUUACUCGUUUUUUGUUUCUUGUUGGUCUGACUACUGCUGUUAGAUUCAUCACGAGAUCUCUUCAGAGAAGAUCCCAACAAAGCAAAAGAAGAUACCACGGCGGUCAUAUUUUCGUUCAUAGAGUUCAUCAUUUUCGCGGGCCCUUGCAUCGUUAUUUCUUGAGAGUCAGCAUCGCUAUCAUCGCCAGUACCAUCUUCCCCCAGCAAAGCAGUCUCUUCUGCAACGGAAAUCUCGCCAGUCCGAGCAAUUUCAGAGUAUUUUUCGCUAUUUUCUGCCAUAUUAAAAUUUUUGAAGAACCUUACUCCUCGAAGGAAAGUACGCUAUGAACCUCGUGGAUUGCGCGCGCUCUCACGUGACUCCUUAGCGACAGAGACCAAUGAUGAAGUAGAAUUAUCAAUUUCCAGGGCCGCAGAGGGGGGGGGGGAGCAGUUGGGGCAAAUUGCCCCGAGGUGCUGGGGGCCCCUGAAAAUUUUUUUUUGGGCCCAGUCUUUUGUGUGUUAAAUAUUUCCGCGCAAAGGACAAGAUAUCUGUUUUCUUGGGCUAAGUACCGAAAUUUGGCAUAAAAAAUGAGAAUAAAGUCCCUGGAAAGCAAUUGCAACGUACUCGUCCGGAAAAAUUUUUUUCUCCGGAAAAAAUAUUUUUACCCCUAAAAUGGUACACUCACUGACCGAAAAUUUUUUGGCGACGGGGGGGGGUGUUAUCCGGAAAAAAAUUUUUGAUAGGGGGCCCCCCAAAAAAAUUUGGCCCGGGCCCCCGCCAACCUCUCGGCCGCCCUGUCAAUUUCCCAACAUAGAUAUGUUAGGUAUGUUAUUAUACGUAACAUAAGCUUCAAUUUGAGGUAAAAUUCAACCACAAACGCUUCGCAAAACGUUUUAAAGUGUUCUUUAUAAAACUAAACUGGAGACUAUUAAAACUGCCUUUAAUUUAUAAAUGGCUUUAUCGAUAAACUUUGAGUUUGCAAUAAAAUGAUUUCAAAUUCUCGCAUGCAAAUAACUUUGCUUUCUUUUUUAUUUAAAAAAUUCAAUAUAAAAAAAAGGGAAUCAAUGUUAAAGAUACAGUGAAAUUAUAUGCUGUCUUGUUUAGUUGUUUCAUUACUUUUUCAUGUGCGCAAAGGCCGUCGGGUUUUAGCCGGGGGGGGGGGAUUAGUACCCUCUAAAAUAGCCGGGGGGAAUUAGUACCCUCGCACGGCGCUUCGCGCCGUCAGCUCGGGGAUGAAUAUACACCCCCCCCCAAAAAAAAAAAAUUAUCGCGUCUAUAAUUACUAUCUAAAAACUUUGAAUUAUAUGAUUAACCCUCCAUGCUCAUUAAUGAACAAAUGGGUGUCGCAAACUGUCCAGCUAAUCGGUUCUUGUAUGUCUUUGUUUCAGGUCGAUCAAGAAAAGCAGGGUUAAUUAAAGAGGUAAUUCAAUGGCUUCCAAAAAGAACAUAGCCAAAUACGAAGAGAGUUUACAAACUUGUAUUUCAAAUCGCGAUCCGUUAGGAAUAGCAAAAUACAAUGACCGUUUGGGUGAUUCGUAUGCUACUUUAAGAGAGAAUAAAAUGGCCAUUCAGAAUUAUGAGAAAAGUUUACAAAUUUACACCGAAAUUGGCCAUUGGUCGGGAAUGCUUGGAAGCAAUACAAAGUUGGGCAAUACAUAUCUUAGUCUGGCACAAUACGAAGAAGCCAUAACACAUUACAAAAAGAGUUCAGAAAUAAGCACCAGAAUUGGUGUUGGAUUAGAAGUAGCAAAUAGCAAUUCCAGAUUGGGCAAUGCCUAUCGAUGCAAAGGAAAUUAUAAAGAAGCUAUUAGAUAUGGCAAAAAAGGUUUAGAAAUAAGCACUGCUAUUGGCAAUCAGUCAGGAAUGGCAAUUAACAAUGGCAAUUUGGGCAAUGCCUAUCGAUGUUUAGGAGAAUAUCAGAAGGCCAUUGACUAUUACAAAAAAAGUUUAGAAAUAAGCACUGCUAUUGGCAAUCAGUCAGGAAUAGCAAUUAACAAUGUCAAUUUGGGCAAUGCCUAUCAAUGUUUAGGAGAAUAUCAGAAGGCCAUUUACUAUUGCAAAAAAGGUUUAGAAAUAAGCACUGCUAUUGGCGAUCUGUCAGAAAUACCACGUAACAAUGGCAAUUUGGGGAAUGCCCAUCUUAAUUUCGUAGAAUUAUAUCAGAAGGCCAUUGACUAUUACAAAACUGGUUUAGAAAUUACAAGCACUGCUAUUGGCGAUCGGUCAGGAAUGGCAAGUAACAAUGCCCAUUCGGGCAAUGCCUAUCCAAAUUUAGGAGAAUAUCAGAAGGCCAUUGACCAUUACAAAACAGGUUUAGAAAUAAGCACUGCUAUUGAUUAUCGGUCAGGAAUAGCCAGUAACAAUGGAAAUUUGGGUAAUGCUUAUUUCAAUUUAGGAGAAUAUUGGAAGGCCAUUGACUAUUACAAGAAAAGUUUAGAAAUAAGCUCUUCUAUCGGCGAUCGGUCAGUAAUAGCAAGUAACAAUGCCAAUUUGGGCAAUGCUUAUCGAUGUUUAGGAGAAUAUCAGAAGGCUAUUGACUAUUACAAAAAAGGUUUAGAAAUAAGCACUGCUAUUGGCGAUCGAUCAGGAAUAGCAACUAACACUGGCAAUUUGGGCAAUGCUUAUCAAUGUUUAGGAGAAUAUCAGAAGGCCAUUGACCAUUACAAAAAAGGUUUAGAAAUAAGCACUGCUAUUGGUGAUCAGUCAGGAAUAGCCAUUAACAAUUGCAAUUUGGGCAAUGCUAAUUUCAGUUUAGGAGAAUAUCAGAAGGCCAUUGGCUAUUACAAGAAAAGUUUAGAAAUAAGCACUGCUAUUGGUGAUCGGUCAGGAAUAGCAAGUAACAAUGGCAAUUUGGGCAAUGCUUAUCGAUGUUUAGGAAACUAUCAGAAGGCCAUUGAUUAUCACAAUAAAGGUUUAGAGAUAAGCACUGCUAUUGGCGAUCGGUCAGGAAUAGCAAAUAACAAUGGUAAUUUGGGCAGUACCUAUCGAUGUUUAGGAGAAUAUCAGAAGGCCAUUGACUAUCACAAAAAGAGUUUAGAAAUAAGCACUGCUAUUGGCGAUCGGUCAGCUAUAGCAACUAACAAUGGCAAUUUGGGCGAAGCCUGUCGAUGUUUAGGAGAAUAUCAGGAGGCCAUUGACUAUUACAAAAAAGGUUUAGAAAUAAGCACUGCUAUUGGCGAUCGGUCUGGAAUAGCAACUAUCAAUGGCAAUUUGGGCAAUGCGUAUCUCGGUUUAGGAGAAUAUCAGAAGGCCAUUGACCAUUACGAAACAGGUUUAGAAAUAAGCACUGCUAUUGGCGAUCGAUUAGGAAUAGCAAGUAAAAAUAGAAAUUUGGGCUAUGUCAGUUUAGGAGAAUAUCAGAAGGCCAUUGACCAUUACAAAACAGGUUUAGAAAUAAGCACUGCUAUUGGCGAUCGAUUAGGAAUAGCAAGUAACAAUGGCAAUUUGGGCAAUGCCUAUUUAUGUUAUGGAGAAUAUCAGAAGGCCAUCGACUAUUACAAAACAGGUUUAGAAACAAGCACUGCUAUUGGCGAUCGGUUAGGAAUGGCAAGUGAGAAUUGCAAUUUGGGCAAUGCUUAUCGAUGUUUAGGAGAAUAUCAGAAGGCCAUUGACUAUUACAAAAAAAGUCUAGAAGUAAGCACUGCUAUUGGCCAUCAGUCAGGAGUAGCAGUUAACAAUUGCAAUUUGGGCAAUGCCUUUGUCAAUUUAGGAGAAUAUCAGAAGGCCAUUGGCUAUUACAGAAGAGGUUUAGAAAUGAGCACUGUUAUUGGUAAUCGGUCAGGAAUAGCAAAUAACAAUGGCAAUUUGGGCACUGCCUAUCUCAGUUUAGGAGAAUAUCAGAAGGCCAUUGACCAUUACGAAACAGGUUUAGAAACAAGCACUGCUAUUGGCGAUCGGUUGGGAAUGGCAGGUAGAAAUUGCAAUUUGGGCAAUGCUUAUCAAUGUUUAGGAGAAUAUCAGAAGGCCAUUGACUAUUACAAAAAAGGUUUAGAAAUAAGCACUGCUAUUGGCGAUCAGUCUGGAAUAGCAGUUUUCAAUUGCAAUUUGGGGGAUGCCAAUGUCGAUUUAGGAGAAUAUCAGAAGGCCAAUGACUAUUUGGAAACAUGUUUCGAAAUAAGCACUGCUAUUGGCGAUCGGUCAACAAUAGCAGGAGCGAAUGGCAAUUUGGGCAAUGCCUAUCGAUGUUUAGGAGAAUAUCAGAAAGCCAUUGACCAUUUCAAAACAGGUUUAGAAAUAAGCACUGCUAUUGGCGAUCGGUCACAAAUGGCAAGUAGCAAUGGAAAUUUGGGAAAUAGCUAUCUCAGUUUAGGAGAAUGUCAGAAGGCCAUUGAUUAUUACAAAACAGGUUUAGAAAUAAGCACUGGUAUUGGCGAUCGGUCAGGGAUGGCAAGUAGCAAUGCCAAUUUAGGCAAUGCCUAUCGAUGUCUUGGAGAGUAUGAAGUUGCAACAUCACACUUGGUGAAGUCAAUUAGUUUCUUCGAUAGAAUAUUUUUAGAAUUGGUUUCAGAUGAAAAUAGGCUGUCGUUCACGAUGCAAUAUUUCUUAUCUCAUAAAAUGUUGAUGAAUUGUUUUCUUUCUUUGGAACGCAUUGAAGCCGCAUUAUUAGUCAUUGACCUUGGUAGGGCUAAGGAGCUCCAUUGCUGCGUUGAAAAACAUAAGAAUUCUGUGGACAAGGACAUGUUCGAUUAUGCACGUGGGAUAUGGAAUAGAAUCGAGGCCAGAGAAGAACGAAGAGAAAUGGAAGAAAUGCAAACAUUUCUCGAUUUAGGAAGAAAUGGUACCUCAAUUUUACUGUUUGCUUUUGACUUAAAAGAUUCUCUUAAUGUUUGGGUUUUAAAUGGUGAAGUUAUCUUUAGAAAAUUAGAUGUAUGUUUGGAAUCAUUAGAGUUUCUCAUUAUGGAACUUCUUAGGAGGGUGAAAGUUAGUGUGGACCGGAAUUCUUCGUUUUGCAACUCCAAUUUAGUUGUUGACAUUCAUAAUCAAAUUAUUUUUCCAUUCGAAAUAUCAAACAGAAAGUCAUUCUCUAAGAAUGCGGUUGAAAAUGCUGCCUCUUAUAACGAUUUGAGUAAUCGGAAAAUUUUAGAAAUAUUGUUCCAGCUUUUAGUUGAUCCGGUGAAAGAUCUUAUCAACGGCAAGAAGCUCAUUGUCAUCCCUGAUCCGCAAAUAUUUUUUACACCGCUGUCAGCAUUAAUUGAUGAAAAUGGCUCUUAUUUAUCCAACACUUACAGCGUUCAAAUUACACCUUCAUUGCAUACCCUGAAAUGUACCAUGGAACAAUCCUGUGACCCAGACUUUGGUUUUGCGUUGUUUGUUGGUAAUCCAACUGUUGGAAAAGUUUCUUUACAUGGAGAAGAUUUUACACCAUCUGACCUUCCUAGUGCCGCAGAAGAAGUUCGAUGUCUCUCAAAGCUUUUUCAAGCUACCCCUUUAUUAGGACGUGCUGCAACAAAACAGGUAGUAUUGCAACUUCUAAAUGGAGCUAGUAUAAUCCAUAUCGCUGCGCAUGGCGAACCAAAUCGAGGUGGUAUAUUGCUUGCGCCAAACUCUUCCCAGGUGCAACCAUGUUUGGCUGUUCCCAAGCCAGAGUCGUAUCUUCUCACACAGCGAGAUAUUCUAAAUACUUCUGUGCAAGCUCGCUUGGUAGUUUUGUGCUGUUGCCACACCGGGCAAGGUGAAAUUACUUCAGAAGGUGUCAUAGGUAUAACUCGAGCAUUUCUUGCAGCCGGAGCGCGCUCUGUUCUUGCCACACUGUGGCCCAUUGACGAUAUUGCCACAAAAGAGUUCAUGGAAAAUUUCUAUGGCGAACUUUGCCAAGAAAAAUCAGUUUGUGAAGCUUUAAGAAAAACAAUGAACCACUUUCAGAAACACGAAAUAGAAGCUUACCGAUCCAGUAGGAUCUGGGGUCCAUUUACCGUCUAUGGAGAAGACGCGAAGUUCCAUAAGAAUGAGAUUAGGCAAAUCGGAGAAAAAUCUCGUGAGAUGUUUUCUGAUUUGGUGGUGCUUUAAUAUCAUUAAAAUGUCGUCGUCCUUUUUAGUUGUAUUCCAAGCAUAAGCUAAAAUAGUAUUGCAAUGCAGUAGAAUGGACUACUAACUGAGAAAGCCCCUUUUUCUGCACCUUACAUUGUUUCGAGCGAAUUUAAUUAAAUGUAUCGAAUUUUAUUGUGAAAUUAUAAUCGACUUCCUUCAGGGUAACGUUUGGUUUGGUUAGAGUUGCUCACCGGUUGUUGAUGGUCUUGAUGGGUGGAAACGUUCUUAUCGCAAUCAUUCCCCGUUUCUGUAAUGUGUGCUUGAUUUUUGUUAAAAUGAUAUUGGGAGAAAACAACGCCGUGAAAUUGCUAAAGUUGUUGGUUGACGGGAAGACAGUAAAAGGUGUAUAGCUAGCUUUAGAUUUUUAGAGUUGUGUGUGCCAUUGCCAAGCGGAAAAUCUGAUUAUGCGAUAACAAGCUUAUCUAGUUGCUGUAGUGUUUACAUUGGAAAAGUAGUAGAGGAAAUACAUUUUAGCUUUGAGUCUGUUCCUUGUUUGUUGAGAGAAAAUUAAGAAUCUGUGAUAGCAGGGUACCAGGGGCAGAAAGGCACAUUUUAACCCUACCAGGGGCAGAAAUGCACAGGGUGUAUAAAAAAUGAUAUCCAAAUUUGACAUGUUAUUCUGCAUUAGGUAUUAAGAUUGUACGGAAUCUGAUUUAAUUUAUUCAAGCUUGUAAAUAUCGGACUUUUGGCUGUAAUGUGACACCUUUUUGUUUGGUUGCGUUAAAAAUCGAAAUCCCAUUUUCCCACCGUUGGGAAUUUGAACAAAUUUGAAUAAAUGCUUGUCGCUUAUUUAGAAAACGUUUUGCAUGGCCAGUUCAAUGUGUAAACUUAAAAUGUAUUAACGAGUAAAUUUAGUUGUUAAAUAGCGAGUCUAAUAGGAUGGAUAUACACUCAGAGUAACAUCACAAACAUAAUUCUAACCUGAGUACAGAAAAAAUUUUAUUCGAAUUGUUAACUUAGAAUCUGAAAUGAGAAUAAUUUUAAUACUCAGACUGUUCAGACAAUAGCACGACGAAUUCUACGUGGUCGUUUUCAAUCGCGUUGAUACCAAAUCUGUGUAAUUUAAUUUUGCAACCCAAGGCCUGAUGAAAAUGUUUAUUAAAUCUAUAAACCAGGGCGAAGGGAGAGAGGGCGUAGAAACGGCCAUACAUCGAGCGGACCCAUCCGUGAUGCGGGCUUCGCGGGGGGUAAGACGUUCUAAUUGUAAACAAAUAUGGCUACGCAAUAUGGCUGACCCAUCAGAAG